ACGGGGCGCAAGAUGGCGGCGUUCCCCUGGCAUGCAAGAUCAAGGAACUAUGUGUCAGAAUCUGAAGUAUGCAAACUGGAAUCUGUACCCUUGGACUUUGGCGAUUACCAUCCAUUGAAACCCAUUACAGUUACUGAAUCCAAGACGAAGAAGAUGAACCGGAAGGGAAGUACUUCUUCCACAUCCUCCUCUUCCUCGAGUUCUAUGAUGGACCCACUGAGCAGUGUGUUGGAUGGCACUGAUCCCUUGUCAUUGUUUGCAGCAGCUGCAGAUCCUGUGACUACUGUUCCUCCCACGGAUGGUGCACGAAGGAAACGGGAAAAAGAUGAGAGCUCAGCAGUAGGAAGUGACUUUGAACCAUGGUCAAGCAAACGUGGUGAAAUCCUUGCUAGAUACACAACAACAGAGAAGCUUUCUAUUAAUCUGUACAUGGGAUCUGAAAAAGGAAAAUCCACAACUACUGGUUCAGCAGUUUCUGAAAAAGUGAGGACAAGGUUGGAAGAACUGGAUGAUCUGGAAGAGGGGUCGCAGAAAGAGCUGUUGAAUUUGACUCAGCAGGAUUACAUGAACCGAAUUGAAGAACUGAACCAGUCUUUAAAGGAUGCAUGGUCCUCAGAUCAAAAAGUAAAAGCUCUCAAAAUAGUAAUCCAGUGUUCUAAGCUUCUCUCAGACACAACAGUAAUCCAGUUUUAUCCAAGUAAAUUUGUUUUAAUUACAGAUAUCCUUGAUACUUUUGGGAAACUGGUGUAUGAAAGAAUUCUGUCAAUGUGCGUGGAUAACCGAGUCUCUCUACCAGAUAAUUUUUCUCCAGAGAGUGUUAAUGAUACGGCUAAAGAAACUUGCUUAAACUGGUUUUUCAAGAUUGCUUCAAUCAGAGAACUCAUUCCCAGAUUUUAUGUGGAAGCAGCAAUACUGAAGUGCAAUAAAUUCCUAUCCAAAACGGGCAUUUCGGAAUGUCUCCCACGGUUAACAUCUAUGAUCAGAGGAAUUGGAGAUCCACUGGUUGCAGUCUAUGCCAGAGCAUACCUUUGCAGGGUUGGGAUGGAAGUAGCACCACAACUCAAAGAAAGCCUGAACAAAAAUUUUUUUGACUUUCUCCUAACAUUUAAACAAAUACACGGGGAUACAGUUCAGAACCAGCUGGUGGUGCAAUGUGUGGAGAUCCCUUUGUAUUUGACCCUAUAUUCUCCUGCUAUAGACUGGAUUUUGCAGUGUAUUGCAUACCAUGCUCCAGAUGUUCUGCUUACUGAGAUGAUGGAAAGAUGCAAAAAGCUGGGAAACAAUGCUUUGCUGUUGAAUUCAGUAAUGUCGGCGUUCAGAGCAGAGUUUAUUGCUGCGAGAUCAAUGGACUUCAUUGGCAUGAUUAAAGAGUGUGAUGAGUCUGGAUUCCCAAAGCAUCUCCUCUUUCGCUCCCUGGGAUUAAACUUGGCAUUGGCUGAUCCUCCUGAAAAUGAUCGCCUUCAAAUAUUAAAUGAAGCCUGGAAGGUUAUAACAAAGCUGAAGAAUCCACAGGAUUAUAUCAACUGUGCUGAAGUGUGGGUGGAGUAUACGUGCAGACACUUUACGAAGCGAGAGGUCAAUACAGUUCUGGCUGAUGUUAUCAAACACAUGACUCCCGAUCGAGCAUUUGAAGAUGCUUACCCACAGCUGCAGUCAAUUAUUCAGAAAGUUAUUACCUACAUCUAUGACUUUGCUCUGCUUUUUUCAGUGGAGAAAUUCUUGCCAUUUCUGGAUAUGUUCCAGAAGGAAAGUGUGAGAGUGGAGGUUUGCAAGUGCAUUAUGGAAUCUUUUAUUAAGCAUCAGCAGGAGUCAACAAAGGAUCCUGUUAUACUCAAUGCUCUCCUGCAUAUCUGUAAGACGAUGCAUGAUUCUGUGAAUGCACUAACACUUGAAGAUGAGAAAAGAACGUUAGCAGCUCUGAUAAAUGGAUUCAUAAAAAUGGUUUCAUUUGGCCGUGAUUUUGAACAGCAGCUGAGUUUCUAUGUUGAAGCCAGAUCAAUGUUCUGCAAUCUGGAGCCUGUUCUAGUUCAGCUGAUUCAUUCUGUGAACCAACUAGCAAUGGAAACCAGAAGGGUAAUGAAAGGAAAUCACUCCAGAAAGACUGCUGCAUUUGUCAGGGCUUGUGUUGCCUUCUGCUUCAUUACAAUUCCAUCUCUGAGCAGUAUCUUCACACGUCUUAAUCUGUAUCUGCACUCUGGACAGGUUGCUCUGGCAAAUCAGUGCCUUUCACAAGCUGAUGCUUUUUUCAAAGCUGCAGUGAGCCUCGUUCCUGAAGUGCCAAAAAUGAUCAGUGUAGAUGGGAAGAUGCGACCUUCUGAUGCCUUCCUCCUGGAAUUCCUUUGUAAUUUUUUUUCCACAUUAUUAGUUGUUCCGGACCAUCCAGAACAAGGAGUGUUGUUUCUUGUGCGAGGAUUACUAAAUGUGAUCCAGGAUUAUACUUGGGAGGAUAACAGCGAUGACAAAGUCAGGAUUUAUACUAAUGUUUUGCAUCUGCUGUCUGCAAUGACUCAAGAAGCAUUUAUCUACCAUGUAGAUAAAGUUGAUUCCAAUGAUACUCUGUAUGGUGGAGACUCCAAGUUCCUGGCUGAAAUUAAUAAACUGAGUGAAACAGUGGUAUCACAGAUCCUGGAUCAUCUGAAAACCCUGGGAAAGGAGGAGACACUGAAGCGGCAGAGCCAGCUGGCACUCUAUUUCUUUAACACCAUUCUGGCUCAUGGGGACCUACGAAACAACAGACUGAACCAGCUUUCAGUCAAUCUCUGGAAUCUUGCUCAGAAGCAUGGCUUUGCUGACACCAAGACUAUGGUGAAAACCCUAGAAUACAUCAAGAGGCGGAGCAAACAACCUGAAAUGAGUCAUUUCACAGACUUGGCCCUUCGGCUUCCUCUGCAGUCCAGGACCUGACAAGUGCCUCUUCCAAGGAGUCACCUGCACAAGGGAGCAUGGAACCCAGGCCAAAAAUCACUGAUCUACAUUCUGACUGCAGGAGUUCAGUGUAUUUUUACUUUCCUUAAUGAGACACAUUUACUUGGGCAUAG